CGGAAAUUGUCGUUUCCCUGGUGUGAGUGCUCCAGUCUCGCGUCCAGCAUGUCGACAGUAACAACGCCCAAGAGGCGCCUGGAACAGCUCACCAGCCAGAUCGCGCAACCCCCAAUCAUCGAUGAAGGGACCUACAAAGGAAUGCCCCGGGUCGCCCGACGGGCUGGAGACUCAGUGGGACAACGUGCUCAAGGCAAAGUGGUCAUCAUCACCGGCUGCAACUCACCACUUGGCAUGGGCCGGGCAACGGCUCACCAGUACGCCAGGAAUGGUGCGCGAGCAGUCUACAUCUGCGACUACAUGGACGACCACCUGAACCUCCAUGUGGAGGAGAUGAACGAACUCUACCCCAAGGUGGCUGUCCAUGCCCGCAAGUUUGACGCGGGAGACGAGGAAGGGGUCAGGGCUGUCGUCGCCCAUGCCCUGGAGACCUACGGGCGACUAGACGUGUUCUUUGCCAACGCCGCAAACUCGGGCACCUGGAAGGAAGUCUGGAACAUGGAGGUCGACGAGUUUGAGCGGACCAUCAGGACGAACUUGACCAGUGUGUUUCUGGCCAUCAAACACGCGGGCCCGGCAAUGCAGGUCACCAGCAAAGACAAGCCCUACUCCAGUGGCUCCAUCAUCGCGACCUCUUCAACGGCCGGUCUCCGUUCCAAUGGGGGCAGCACUGACUACAGCGCCGCGAAGGCCGCAGUCGUCAGCCUCGUGCAGACUGCGUGUUUCCAGUACGCGGGCCGCAAUAUCAGAUGCAACGCCAUUGCACCGGGGAUGACGCACUCGGGCAUGACGGAGCCGGUCUUCUAUGGUCCAGCCCGGGAAAGGGGCACGCUUCACAAAGUCGGACAGCUCUGUCCGCUCCGGCGCGGCGCGGUGGCGGAUGAGAUCGCGAGAGUUGCACUGUUCCUGGGCACGGAUGAAGCCAGCUAUGUCAACGGCCAGGUGUGGGCCGUGGAUGGUGGAUUGAGCUCUGGGUUGCCCUACAAACUGGGCAGUAUGGCAUAAAUAAAUAAUCAUUGUAUGGCGCUCAUAAACAC